AUGAAUCAACAACAGCAACCAUCCACCGAAAAUGAAUAUCAAAAGAUUUACGUAGAUACCCUAGUUGAUAUCACUACACUCACCAUUCGCACUUCCUGGCCAAUGGAAAUCUCGACCACCAAACAAGGACAACCGGUUGUAAAUACCCAAGCAUUCGUCAGACAUCUUUUAAAACGCUCCAGAGCCACUCGUUCAACUCUUCAAUUAGCCAUCUUUUAUCUUUUUCGAAUUCGUCCUUAUAUCAACAAGCGCAGUCAAUUUGAUCCUAUUGUUAAAUGCGGCAGACGUAUGUUUUUAGCUGCUUUAAUUUGUGCACAUAAAUACUUGUACGACAAUACAUUCACCAAUGCCAGUUGGGCUAAAAUUAGCAAAUUGCCCGUCAAAGAAAUUAACGGAGCUGAACGAGCACUUUUAGAAAUGCUUGAUUAUAGACUUUACGUAUCUACCGAACUGUACCAGAAAUUCGAAGCACAAUUAAGAGAAGCCAUUCCAGUCUCUACUACAACUGUCAAUAAGAAGCGUGUGUUCGAACAAGACUCUUCUAUCAAUAAUACCGUUCAUCCAAUCAAAAAGUCAAGACAGCAAGACUAUUCUCAUCAUUUAGUACAUGGCAUUCCUACACCUGAAGAUGAUAAAGUUGAACUUUAA